CCAGAAGCACAAGAACAAAACUUCAACACAAUACUUCCAAAUUGCAUUUUCCCAACCAUGGUCAAGAACUCCAAAUCCCUCCUCAUUUCCUUAACUAUUCUCUUCUUCAUAACCAUGGUCACUUCAAAAUCACCAAACUUCUCUCAAAACCUAUCUCUACAAGCACUUGGCCUCAACAAGCAAGAGAAGCUAAGCCACCUCCGCUUCUACUUCCAUGACAUUGUCAGCGGUCCAAACCCUACCGCCAUUUGGGCUGCCCAAACACCCACAUCCAAAAAAUCCCCAACCCUAUUUGGCUCCAUAGCCAUGUUUGAUGACCCAUUAACCGUGGGCCCAGAAAGAAGCUCCAAGCUUGUGGGAAGAGCACAAGGGAUUUAUGGGUCUGCUUCACAAAGUGAGGAUGCUUUGUUGAUGACCAUGAACUUGGCUUUUGUUGAAGGUAAGUUUAAUGGGAGCAGCCUUAGUGUUUUUGGUCGAAACGCGGUGUUGGCCACCUAA